AUUCAGUAAACUAGCAACAAUUGACCUCAAAAUUCCCCAUUACCAGAGCCAUCGAGUUAUUGCCUUCCUCUACCGGAAAAUCCUCCGUCACUUCCAUCUCCUCGUUGCCAAUCUCCGGCAAAGCAAUCACCGCUCGUAUCCCGUGAACCACCAGCCGUUCGCUUUCGUACAGCUCUGGGAAAGUGAUUUCGACUCUAUUCACCAUCACUGUAUCAACUUCAUCCUUGGUAAUCUCCUAGCUAAAGCCGCUCACAUUGUUGGAAACCACAAUCCCGUUCGCCAUCUCAUCCAUAUCAUUUCACAUCACUUUGCACGGAGCCAAAUGCCUCCUGAACAAAGAAGAGAGUCCUACAAAAUCCCGGAAAACUGGACCAGUUCCUCGUCGAUCGCUGCAAAAACUGUACACGGUUUCCAGCCUCUCGAUUACAGAACUCCAGAUGCGUCCCCAAAUAUAGAGGAUGAUUCCAGCUUCAGGCAUUGGAAAUCGGAUCUAGGAGACUCCGACGAUGAUGAUGGAUAUUUGUUCGGGCUGGCCAGAGGUCACGACGAGGUGGCUAGCGGGGAAGAGGGACUAGACAAUGGAGUGGAGAAGUCAGAGUCCGGCAGGGAGAAGAUGGUGAGGGUGGUGAUGGCGGCGGAGAGGAGGGGCAGGGCGGCGAUGAGCUGGAGGGUGAGGGACAUGGCAGAGUACCCCGAGCUGGCUAGGGUCUCGGCGGUGUCGAUGAUGGAGAGAGUGGAGUUGCAGAGACGCCAUAUGAAAGGUCUGUACAUGUACGUUGGUUUUAAAAGAAAGUUUCUCGUUAUAUGGCAAUUUUUUAUGAGCAUCCACAGCGUAAUAUCGACAGUGGCUUCUAGAAGAGUUAGAAGACUAAUAUAUCAAGUUAUCAACAAAGUCGAAUCUACCCAAAGUAUGAUACGUAUAGUUGGCCUUUCUGCUACUUUGCCCAACUACUUGGAGGUGGCACAAUUUCUGAGGGUAAAUCCAGAAACAGGCCUAUUCUUCUUUGAUUCAAGCAAUCGCCCUGUACCUCUUGAGCAGCAGUACAUUGGGAUUUCGGAACACAACUUUCUAGCUCGUAAUGACUUGAUGAAUGACAUAUGCUACAAUAAGGUAGUGGAUUCAUUACGGCAAGGACAUCAAGUCAUGGUUUUUGUUCAUUCACGGAAAGACACAGGGAAAACAGCUGACAAACAGUAA